GCAAUUCGUUGUCUCGUCACAAUGUAGACCAAGAUCGCCGAAAGAAACAGUUACAAGUGUAAAAGAUGAGUACAUUCCAGCACAUAGGUAAAAAUUGCUGUCAGCCAAGGGUGUUGUAUCUUGGAAAGGUCAGAAUCUCUCAAUCCCAUGGAAGGAACCUUGCUUGGGAGUGUUAGAAGACUCACUCAUAGACUGUAUCUGCCCUUGCAUCACUGCUGAGGAUGGCAGAAGAGGCAGGCGCCACGCUAAUGAAUGGGGAGGAGGGGAAACAUAGGGAUUUGCUCCAAGCAGAAGUGCAGGCCCUCAUGAUGAAUGUGCCUCCUGCAUCCAAAAACAAUGAGGCUAACAUCCCUCUCCAUGAUAGUCCUGCUCCCUCACAAUCAGAAGAAAUAGUGAGUCAACCGAAUUCAGGUUUGGUGGAUGUUGAUCACAGCAGCACAAAUCCAGCCCAGGAGAAUAGUAGGAAAGCAGAUCUGGAAGAUCUGGACUCCUUUAGCCUGAUUGAACCCCCUCCGUUGGACUGGAGGUCCGACUCCUCGAGUGAAGCAGGGUGCAUUGGAGAAGCUGACAGCGAGGGCUUCAUUCAGACAGACUCAAUUGAUAUUCCUGAGGAUGCGGCGAGCGAGGAUGGAUCCCAAUUGGCCGCAUCUGUUCCUGAAGCCCCGUUGCUCCCAUGUCAGGUGGAUGUAGGGAAUCAUAAUGUGGGACAGGCAUUUGAACAAAGUGAAGAGCAGCUGCUACAGAAUGAGGUGUUAAAGGGACAAACAGUUGAGCAAGAGGUGGAGGAGGAGGAGGAGGAGGAGCAACAGCAGGAGAAGAAGAACGAAGACCAGGAGGGCCCAGCGAAUGAGCAGUGUGGUCCUCCUGACGUCGACCACUCCCGCAUUCACACCCUGCUGUCUCACCUCCAGCUCGUCAGUCCAUCCCCUGCCCCCGACAGCCCCAGCCCAGAGCCACCUCAGGCCACCCUCCUGGACUUCACCGACCCGACACCUUACGACACACUGUCCAGCCCGGGUCCUGUCGAUGUGCCGCAAGCCCAGGGCACUGCUGCUUCCGGACUGCUUUUCACCGAGAGUCACCAGAAGGACCUGCUGGGGCUCCUGGAGGGACCCAGCUCUGCGGAGGAAAGGCCCCAGCUCAGCCCGCCGUGCCUCAGCUACGGGCACCUCAGUGCUGGCGUGGACGCCGUGGUCUCCGUCUCCUACAGCCACGAGGAUGCUGAGAGGUACUGGGACGGCUCACAUGGUGGACACAAUGAACCGGAGGAUGAGACCCAUGCGUUGGAUUACUCAGGGGAAGAUUCAGGCUUGCUGUGGCAAAGGAGGGCAGAGCCACCUGCUGAAGAGGAGGGAGAGGAGCUUGCUGCCAGUGGUUCAGAUAUGGAAGCUGAGGCCCGGCCUGCCUAUAAAGAUGUGCCUGGUCCCUGUGACCCAGAUGAUCUGCUGGAUGGGGUCAUAUUCGGCGCCAAGUACCUGGGCUCCACACAGCUAAAGUCGGACAAGAACCCCUCGACCAGCGCCCGCAUGGCUCAGGCCCAGGAGGCUGUGGACAGGAUCAAGGCUCCUGAGGGUGAGUCUCAGCCUAUGACAGAAGUGGAUCUCUUCAUCUCUACACAGCGAAUAAAAGUUCUCAAUGCUGAUACACAGGAGGCCAUGAUGGACCACUCCCUGCAGAUGAUCUCUUACAUCGCCGACAUCGGAAACAUUGUGGUGCUGAUGGCGCGUAGGAAGCCUGCUGGCCGGAAGGGUUCGGACGGGGGUCAGGCGGCCAACCCCGCAGCCGCUCCGAAGAAGUGUUGGAUGCUGUGUCACGUCUUCAUCUCUGAUGACGCUCAGGUCAUUGCACAGGCCAUUGGCCAAGCAUUUGCUGUGGCUUACCAGCAGUUCAUGCAGACAAAUGGCAUCAAGCCGGAUGAGUACGAUGACUUCCUCAGCACUCAGGAGCUGUACAACGGAGACCUGGUCCACUUUUCCUGCUCGGAGAAUAUUAGAGAGGUGUGCAUUCGUAAGGCGAUCGGGGAGAUCCUGGGCCUGGCCGUGGUGGAGUCAGGCUGGGGCUCCAUCCUGCCCACAGUGGUGGUGGCCAAUCUGCUGCACGGCGGACCGGCCGAGCGCAGCGGCGAGCUCAGCAUCGGAGACCGCAUCAUGUCGGUCAACGGCACGAGCCUCGUGGGCCUUCCUAUUACGACCUGCCACACCAUCAUACGGGAUCUGAAAAACCAAGCUCAAGUGAAGCUCAGCAUAGUCCACUGCCCGCCUGUCACCAUGGCGAUUAUAAAGCGUCCAGAUCCGAAGUACCAGCUGGGCUUCAGUGUAGAGGAUGGCAUUAUCUGUAGUUUGAUGCGAGGCGGGAUUGCUGAGAGGGGAGGCAUCCGAGUUGGUCACAGAAUCAUCGAGAUCAACGGGCAAAGUGUUGUGGCUACACCCCAUGACAAGAUCAUCCACAUCCUUACAAAUGCUGUCGGAGAGAUUCAUCUGAAGACUAUGCCAGCAUCUACUUACCGUCUGCUGACUGGACAGGAGCAGCCUGUGUUUCUUUGAGAGAGAAAAAAGAAGAGAGAGAGUGUGUGUGUGUGAGAGAGAGUGACAGUGAAAUGGACUCCACUCUUACAAGCGAUAAUGGGAAACAAAGAUGUCCUUCUGAGCACUGUUCAGCUGGCAGUGUCUCAGUCAUCUGCUGGAUCUGCUCCCCGAUAGUGAACUUGAGACUGUUGCUUGUGCAUUCAUGAACCACUUCACGUGCAUAGAGUGCCACUGUAUAGCAGUAUUUUUGACAAGUACCAACAAAGUCCAUAGUAGUUUACAUGAGGAAAGAAAAUAUUUUAAUACAGAUUUUUUUUUAGAUGUAUCUGUACUGAAUUAGAUUAAUGCAAAAGGGCUUAUUUAUUUUUAUGCAUAGAACUUAACUCACUCACCGCAUGCACUCUUGGCGUGUAUUUUGACUUCCUUGUUGCUCUGUAGAGAGUAAGUUAUGCCUACGGUCUAUGCAAUUUAAGACAAGCCUUAUUUUUGGAAUGCAAUGUUGUUAUUGUAUUUCACUUUGUCGUAUACAUCAAGACAUCUGUCCUCCAAUAUUCCACCAUCACUGUGCCCUCUGUUAGUAUAGACAUGGAAUAACAGCGUUCUCAGUCUUGAAUAAGGUUUUGCUGCUCACAAGUGCUCGUAAUGUUCUCCUUAACCCAAUGUCAGUGCCUGUAUGAGAAAAAUACAUCUUUUUGUCCGAACACUUAAGGAUUUGAGCGCAAAUAGUAAUAUAUCUUUUAAUAACUGGUGACUAUUAAAAUGAACCCUAUCAUC